AUGGCCCCUCCAACACCAUCCUCCCACCGUCCCCGCAAGAAGAGAAAGAUUGCGAUCUCGCCCGGCUCCAACAAUAACCUGAUCUUAGAUCUAGGUGAUGGGAAGCAAUCCCCAGCAUUUCCGCUAGUCUCAUUUUUGUGGGCUGCUCGGGCUGGUGUUUCUCAAUGGCUGAUUCUCCCACUUGUCCUCAUGGCCGUUGGCCUAUUCCGAUGGGCUGUGAGCUUAUGGGGUUACUCUGGCUUUCAGGUACCCCCAAUGCAUGGCGAUUUUGAGGCGCAACGGCAUUGGAUGGAAAUUACCACACAUCUGCCUUUGGCGAAGUGUGGUUCCGCCUUUGAUCCAACAUGGUUCGCCUUGGACGCUUCCCGAGGUUUCGAGGACUCCCGUUUGAAAGUAUACAUGCGCGCUACUGUCGUUAUAUCCGAAUACUUUGUGUUCAUUCCGGCCGUGGUUAAUUUCCUCCGCCGCUACACUCGGAUGCAGGAUGUCCAUGCAUGGUCCGCCUCGAUUGCUCUCGUAGCGAUCCUCCUUCAGCCAGCGAACAUCCUCAUUGACCAUGGCCAUUUCCAAUACAACACAGUCAUGCUUGGAUUGGUAGUUGCCAGUUUGGAUGCUAUCUUAGCGGGGCGUAUGCUCUGGGCUUGCAUUUUCUUCGUUGGUGCACUGGGAUUCAAACAGAUGGCGUUGUACUAUGCACCAGUCAUGUUCGCCUAUCUUCUCGGUGUCUGCAUAUUCCCUCGGAUUAACAUUCCCCGCCUUGUCAGCAUAGCCCUCGUCACAUUGGCUGCUUUUGCUUUGCUGCUGACUCCCCUUAUGGUUGGGGCCUCCAAUGCCGAAGCUCGAAAGGAAUUUGCUUCUUCCCCAGUGCCGCCUCUGUUACAGGCACUUUCUAUCCAGUUGGACAAGAACUCCGUUACAUAUGGGUUAUUAUUCCAACUAAUGCAGAUCAUUCAUCGGGUGUUCCCCUUUGCACGUGGGCUUUUCGAAGACAAGGUUGCUAACGCUUGGUGCGCCAUUCACACUUUCUACAAGCUCACCCGCUUCGAUGCUACAUUGUUACAACGAGCGUCACUCGGUGCCACAUUGGUGUCAAUUAUUAUUCCCUGUGCUAUCAUCUUCCGCCACCCCCGGGCUUCGCUUCUCCUUCCUGCUCUAUCUGCCGUCGCCUGGGGAUUUUUCUUGUUCUCUUUCCAGGUCCAUGAAAAGAGUGUGUUGCUGCCUCUGCUACCAAUGACCCUACUGCUUGCUGGUAACGGUGGACUGAGUAAAGAAACACGCGCCUGGGUGGGUUGGGCCAACGUUCUUGGCUCAUGGACCAUGUACCCCCUUCUUAAGCGCGAUGAGCUUCGCGUUCCUUACAUAGUCAUGACUUUGCUCUGGGCCUAUCUUCUCGGUUUGCCUCCUACUUCUUUCGAGACUUACCGAAGUCGACCAUCCCCUGAAGACUCCAAUGCCCACCUCGAGCCCAACACUCUCACAACCCUUCUACACUUUGGUUUCUAUUUGGUCAUGAUUGCCUGGCAUAUCCUUGAAGCAUUCGUGCCUCCACCUCCCGGAAAACCAGAUCUUUGGGUGGUACUGAAUGCUCUGAUCGGAGCUGCUGGGUUUGGGAUUGCCUAUCUAUGGUGUAUGUGGAAACUAUACACCCAAUGCCGCCAGAUCAGUCGGCAGGCGACAGAAGAGGAAAGCCAGAAAAAGAAGCAGUGA